GUGUUUCUCUACGUCUGCACUUGCAUACAUAAUGGCUGAUCCCUAUUCCCUCAUCGUUAUUGAGGAGGCACUCUCUAGAUUCGCUUCACCGCUCGACAGAAGAACCGGACAACUCGAGAAUUUGAAGAAGGUGCUGGAGAAGCUGAAGGAUUCGCUCAAAUUGAUAGAACCCGUCCUAAAAAAUGCAGAUCAAAUGCAAAGUGAUGAAGCCACAAGGGAUUGGCUGCAGAGGCUCCAAGAUGCAGCUGAUGAUCUGCGGGAUCUGCUGGAUGAGGAUGCAUAUGGAGUUCACCGGCAGAAGGGUCAAUUCAAGAAACAGGUGUACAGUUUCCUUUUUCCCUCCAAAUCCAUGCUUAGCAAAAUUAAGGAGAUUAAUGUGUCUUUCGAUAGAAUUUUAGAAGAAUCAAAUUGUAUUAGACUGAUAAAUCACAACCAAAAUCGUGAAGCUCCUAGGCGAGAAGCUGAUGAGUCAUUUUAUAAUUUUGAAGUUUUGCAAAGGGAUGAUGAUGUCUCAAAAAUUGAAAGUUUGCUGGAUGAGUUGAGCCAGGAACAUCCCCUCUCUGGCCUUUCCAUGGUUGGCAUGCCAGGUGUUGGAAAGACAACAGUAGCUAGAUCAAUAUGUGUGAGGGCAAGGGAAAAGCACUCCUCCAAUCUGGUAGCCUUGGUGCCGGUACAUAAGGAUUUUAACGAAGAGAUGAUUUUAGGACAGAUGUUGGAAUCUCUUGAUAGCCAUGCUGGUGGAAUGACAAAUAUUGGUCCAAUACUUUAUCAUCUUAAACCAAAGUUACAAAGUAAAAAAAUUCUUCUCAUCCUUGAUGGUGUAUGGAAUGAAGAAGAUGCUCAGUGGUUGAAAGAGUUCAUCUCUUGUCUGCCACAAAGGUUCAGAACUGCUAGGAUCUCUGUUGUCAUCACAACUAGUAAUAAAGAGGUUGCUUCACUAAUGAUGGACCCAAUUCCUUGGCGCAAGUAUGAAUUGCAAAAGCUAUCAGAUGAAGACUGCUGGUUGAUAAUGGAGGAGAAUGUUCUCAGAUCGUCCAACAGAAUUUCAAUAGAAGAUCCACAGUUGGUGCUUACUGGAAAAGAUAUUGCAAAACAGUGUGGGGGUUUGCCAUUAGUUGCAGCUGUCUUUGGCGAACACUUGGGCACUCGUAUUGGGGUAAAUGAGUGCAAAUCAGAUAAAGAAGAAGAUGUUGGUAACAAGUACUUCAAUGAUUUGGUAUCCAAUUACUUAUUGGAAGACAUGGAUAUGGAUGAGUGUGGGAAUAUAAAGUUUUGCAAGAUGCAUGAUGAGGUGCAUAAUCUUGCAUUGCUUUCAGCCAAAUAUGAAACAUAUAUUUGGCCAGAUACCUAUCCUGUUGAGGAGAGUGUUCGGCAUAUGAGGGUUCAGUCUGAUCAAAACCUUCAAGCUGUUCCAGAAGGUGUUGCUCAAAGGUUGCACUCUUUGUUCUUGGAUGUUAAUGUUUUGCACAUGCCUAGGAAGUUCAGAAGUUUGCAAUCUUUAAAGCUAGCAGCUGCCGAUGCAAAUGAUUUGGAAUCUGCUCUUGGAAGAUUGAAAUAUUACAUGAAAUACCUUGACAUAUCAGGAAGUGCAAUUGAAGGACUACCAAAAUCUGUCACCAAGCUCUACAAUUUGCAGACUUUAAGAUUCAGAGACUGCAAUUCAUUGGAGACGCUCCCAAGUGGUAUUGAAAAUCUAGUCGGCUUGAGGCAUAUUUAUUUUGAUGAUGAAAGGCAUGUGCCAAGUAGCAUUGGGAAAUUAACUUCUCUUCAGACUUUACCGCUAUUUGUUGUGGGCACAGAAAAGGGUCGGAGAAUUGAAGAGCUUGAAAAUUUGAAGGAACUCAGAAGAAAACUGAAAAUUUGCAAGCUUGAGCUAGUAUCUCAAUCAGAAGCUAGUAAAGCAAAACUUAAAGAUAAAGGAAAAUUGAUCAAGUUGCAAUUUGUAUGGAGUAAAAACAGAGCCAACAGUGAUGAAGAUAUGGGUGUUCUGGAAGGUCUUCAACCUCCCUCAACAUUGAAAAGCUUAACCAUUGAGAAUUAUAGGGGAGGCAGCUGCCCUUCGUGGAUGAUGAAUUUGGAACAGCUUGUGAAGUUGAAAUUGAUUGAUUGUGAUGAAUGUGGUGAUAUCUCAUGCCUUGAACUCUUACCUGAGCUUAAGGUUCUCAAUCUAGAGGCAAUGCCAAAUGUGAGGAGGAUAGGCAAAAUGUCUUAUCAUCAAAGUAGCAGCAUGGCAAGCAGCAGCCAAGGCAGAGGAGAUUCAAUUGCACCAUUUCCAGUUUUAAGAAAACUUACUUUAAGACGCAUGACAAAGCUGGAGAAAUGGACAGAAGCACAAGGCAUGGUCAUGUUUCCUUGCCUUGAGGAGUUGGAUAUUCAGAAUUGCCCUGAGCUCAAAACAUGGUGGGCAAGCAGCAGCCAAGGCAGAGGAGAUUCAAUUACACCAUUUCCAGUUUUGAGAAAACUUACUUUAAGCAACAUGACAAAGCUGGAGAAAUGGACAGAAGCACGAGGCAUGGUCGUGUUUCCUUGCCUUGAGGAGUUCGAUAUUCAGCAUUGCCCCGAGCUCAAAACAUGGUGGGCAAGUAACAGCCAAGGCAAAGGAGAUUCAAUUACACCAUUUCCAGUUUUGAGAAAACUUGCUUUAAGAUUCAUGACAAAACUGGAGAAAUGGACAGAAGCACAAGGCAUGGUCGUGUUUCCUUGCCUUGAGGAGUUGGAUAUUCGGUAUUGCCCCGAGCUCAAAACAUGGUGGGCAAGCAACAGCCAAAGCAGAGGAGAUUCAAUUACACCAUUUCCAGUUUUGAGAAAACUUACUUUAGGGUUCAUAACAAACCUGGAGAAAUGGACAGAAGCACAAGGCAUGGUCGUGUUUCCUUGCCUUGAGGAGUUGAAUGUUUGGGAUUGCCCCCAGCUCAAAACAUGGUGGGCAAGCAACAGCCAAGGCAGAGGAGAUUCAAUUACACCAUUUCCAGUUUUGAGAAAACUUGAGUUAACCUCCAUGAGAAACCUAGAGAAAUUGACAGAAGCACAAGGCAUGAUCGUGUUUCCUUGCCUUCAAGAGUUGCAUAUUGAGAAUUGCUUCAAACUUGAAACGUGGUGGGCAAGUAGCAGCAAAGGCAGAGGAGAUUCAAUUACACUAUUUCCAGUUUUGAGAAAACUUGAGUUAACCUCCAUGAGAAACCUAGAGAAAUUGACAGAAGCACAGGGCAUGGUCAUGUUUGCUAGCCUUGAGGAGUUGGAUAUUCAGCAUUGCUUCAAGCUCAAAACAUGGUGGGCAAGCAGCAGCCAAGGCAGAGGAGAUUCAAUUACACCAUUUCCAGUUUUGAGAAAACUUACUUUAAAGUCCAUGAAAAAUCUGGAGAAAUGGACAGAAGCACAAGGCAUGAUCGUGUUUCCUUGCCUUGAGGAGUUGGAUAUUCAGGAUUGCCCCGAGCUCAAAACAUGGUGGGCAAGCAGGAGCGAAGACAGAGGAGAUUCAAUUACACCAUUUCCAGUUUUGAGAAAACUUACUUUAAGCUCCAUGACAAAGCUGGAGAAAUGGACAGAAGCACAAGGCAUGGUCUUGUUUCCUUGCCUUGAGGAGUUGGAUAUUCAGAAUUGCCCCAAGCUCAAAACAUGGUGGGCAAGCUGCAGCCAAGGCAGAGGAGAUUCAAUUACACCAUUUCCAGUUUUGAGAAAACUUAGUUUAAGCUCCAUGACAAAGCUGGAGAAAUGGCCAGAAGCACAAGGCAUGGUCGUGUUUCCUUGCCUUGAGGAGUUGGAUAUUCAGAAUUGCCCCAAGCUCAAAACAUGGUGGGCAAGCAGCAGCCAAAGUAAAGCAGAAUCAAUCCUACCAUUUCCAGCUUUGAGAAAACUUAAUUUAAGCAACAUGACAAGGCUGGAGAAAUGGACAGAAGCACAAGGCAUGGUUGUGUUUCCUUGCCUUGAGGAGUUGCAUAUUUGGUAUUGCCCCAAGCUCAAAACAUGGUGGGAAGAUGGAUCUGCAUGUCCAAAUCUCUCUAUACUUGGCAUACAAUCAUGUCCGGAAUUGCAGGCUAUCCCAAUUGGGCUGUCGAACUUAACAUCUCUUGAUAUAAACAAUUGUCCCAAAUUAAUGGGGUAUGCUCAAGAAGGCAGCUACAAAUGGUCAUCCAUUUGCCAUGCUCAUAGGAUCAGAAUCAAUGGGCAGAUUGUGCGAUCCCAAAGAUCUUGAUUUUUCAAAGUGCCCUUUUCGAGACAACGCUGGAUAAGGAAGAUACAGAUUGAGGAUUGAAGAAAGGAAUAUAUGCCAUACGAACUUAAUUUUACACAGACAAAGAAGAAAAGAAAUCUCUUCCUAUCAACUUCUGCUUCUCAUUGGCCUUGGGAACUGUCAAAAUAUUCAAUUUUGAUGGAAUGGAAGGUUUGUUAGAAUUGGUUGAGAGACCUCUUUUCUCCAGGAGCUGAGAAGUGGGUUUUGCACUAAUUUGAUGCGUCUACUUUUGCCAGGCCAUGCACCCAAUGCCUCUACAACAAACUAACAAUCAAAGGUCUAGGUUCAUGAUUCUUAUGAUUGUUCCAAUCAGAGGAAAGAUGCGUGUGAGGAAGCAUUGGUGAAUGGUCCAAGAUUUUCCUGAAUCCAAGAACAAAUGGUCUUGAGAAGGUGCAUGUCGUCCCUAAUUGAAGUGUCAAGGCAUGAACUUACUGAUUAUGGAGAUCUCUUCUAGCAUCUGAUUGUAGAAGUAAAAUCAAAUAUAUAUUUAUAUAUAUCCAAGCAAAAUGUUCCCACCCUGCAAUUCUAUGAUUUUAUCAAAUGCCGCUUGGAGUUCAUAAAUAAAACUGGUCAUCUUGAUACCUCUCUAAACUACUUUAGCAAAAAGCAUCGAGUGAUAUUCAAGCCCUGGUAAUGCUAGAAUUCUUUUUGAAGAUUUUAUUAUUGUUGUAACCCUCUAGUUUUAUAUGGAGAAGAAACUUUGUAGGAAUGUUAUUUCCAAAGCCGGAGUUUCCAUCUGGAUUUCCACGUAAAAAGAUUUCAUUGUGUGGCCGAAGGCUGACGUUCAUAGGAGAUUCAGUGCGAUCUGGAAGUUU